AGACGCCAUCUUUCUUCCGGCACAUCAUUCAUCCCAUCAAAUUCAAACGUGAAUAUUGCACCAUCGGCAACGACUCAGCCGAGGACCUCAAGCCCUUUUAUGAGCUGCGGUUUUGGGCAGGCAUACCUACUACUGUCAAUAUCAGAACUGCAUCACCAUGUCUGACCGACCUCAAAUCAACUACACCGUCGACCCGUCGACCAACCCUGCCACAUGGCCCGGUCCCGUCCCGACGUCCGGUCACGUCGACAUCAGCAAGGUGGACGUCAUCUACGUCAACGUCGACGGCGCCUCCGACUUCAACAUGCUCCGCACCGGCACCAACGAGCACGUCCAUCACGCCAUCAUGCAGGUGGCCAAGCACGUUGCGCGGGGUCUCUACCGCGUCGUCAGCUUGAACGCGAGCGAGUAUUCCUGCGUCGUGGUCAUGUCGACGGAGAAGUCGAGGGAGGCGCUCAUGUGGAAGAAUGGGUUUCCGUGGGACAGCGAGGCCGAUCCGCAGCCCGAGGUGGUGUUGAAAUAGAUGAUGAACUGAGCUCUGGUGACUUGAGUGGUCCCAUGUCUGAUGGG